UUACCAUCGUACCAGUUGAUCGGUAUACUUCAGCGAAUAGUUGUUAUUUGUCCAUCAGGAGUGAAUUUCAUAAAUACAAUCAUGAAAGCAAUAGUGAUCGCUACGAUAUUAUGUUUGUCGGUUUUUGUGAGUUUAGCAAAUUCUCAAGCAUGUCGUGGACCUCAUGAAGAAUAUCUAACAUGCGGAUCAAGCUGUCCGCCCUCAUGUUCCAGAAGAAAUCCAGGCGCGUGUAUAGCAGUAUGUAAAAAGGGUUGUUUCUGUAGACGAGGAUAUUUAAGACAAGACAGAACUGGUAGAUGCGUUAGACCGUCGCAAUGUUAAACCGAAAUUAUAUUAAAACAAACAAAAAUGUAAAAAAUCAUAAUAAAUAUAUAUUUGGAACUUUA